GCUGGGCAGUGAUUUUUUUUCUUUGUGUUGAAGCGGGUCUGGAGCGGUGGAUUGUCCACGGGAUCCGGAUCGGGAGAGGGCGAGCCGCGGGGGCCGGUCGGAUCAUUCUCUGCGGAGCGGGACCGACAAGAUCCAUGCGGGUUACAGGAGGAAGGCAGGAUUUUGGUGUUGGAAUGAAAUCAGCCAUGGUUGAAUGAUGAGGCAGACCAGAUGGAUCAAAUCACAUAAUUCUGUUCCUGACUGAAUGAUGGCUCCUUCUUAUCCCAUAUUGUUUUGUGACGUGUGAGGAACAAUUACAGAUUUGUUCACUCAGAUCAUUAUAUUUGUCUUCAAUGUUUAAAUUUCACUAGAUCUGCAGUGAGAGAUUUAUUGGAAGAAAAGCCCACAACUGGAAGCAAACCACAACUGAAGAUGAGGGAACAGCAACAAGUGAACCAGCCCGAGGACUGAGAGCACCGACUGGAGAGAACCCAUCUGACUCAGGGUUUCCAUUGAUUCAGUCAGGAGAAAGUUUGGUCGUAUCCAGCACUGCGAUUUAUUUUGGACCAGCGUCAGCACUGCUGAGAGCUCUGUAGAGCUGGAACCACCAUGAAAUUUACGGAAUGCACCUCGAAGGGUUAGACCUGUGGUGAGAGAUUUAUUGGAAGAGACGCCCACAACUGGAAGCAAACCACAACUGAAAACGAGGGAACAGCAACAAGUGAACCAGCCCGAGGACGGAGAUCAUCAAUACGACAGAACCCUUCUGACUCGGAGUUUCCAUUAAUUCAGUCAGGAGAAAGUUUGGUCAUUGCCAGCAGGUGGGGCGUGCUUCCACCCGGACGUCAGACAAACAGACGAUAAUCAACCAACGUCAGUCAGAGUCAGAAUGGACACGGAUCUGAACUCCGCCAUCUCCGCCUUCCUGUCAAAUUGUGACGAUCACCAACUGUUUCGGUUGACGAGAUUCUACAUGGAGCGACUGGAGCAGGCGAUUGAGGAGGAUGUGGAGGGAGUGGGCUCCAUGUUAAAGGGCGAGGAUCACUUCACCAGGCAGGAGUAUCACAGCGUGACUGAGCUCGCGAAGAAGGGAAACCGAGCGGGCGCUUCCAAACUCCUCCUGGAUCUGGUGAUGGAGAGAGGCUCCGGGGCCCGGAAGGUGAUGUGGGAAUCCUUUGUGAAACUGCACCACCAUUUACCGAAGCUGAGCAGAAUAUUGAAUGAAAUACGGGAGCGAGGUGACGGCCAGUUCGCCUACAUGGACACUGAGCGGGAUUUCUCUGAAGUGCCCAAACAUCUGAAAGAUGUUCAACAGAAACACAAGGAGACUCUGCGGACAGAGACUGAAAAACUGAGAGUGAACACGAUCCUGAUGAGGGAGAAGGUGAAGGUUUUCCAGCUGGUUGAUCGAUACGCUGAGCUCACGGUCAUUUCUACUGUUCGAGAUCGGACACUGGUGGAACAUGAGCUGCUGGCAAGAGGCAGAGACCACGAGGAGUGGAGAGAAAAAGAUCUCCGUGGUAAGCUGGAAAAAAUCCGUACUGAUCAGUUAUUCAAGAAGAGCUUUGUUCAAAAAUUGAAAAGAUAUUUCUUUGGAAACAAAUCAGGGAUGUCCGCUGCAGUGGCCGGAGUCCCAGGGAUCGGGAAAACAACAAUGGUACAAAAGAUUGUUUACGACUGGGCCACGGGGAAGAUAUACCAACAAUUCCAGUUUGUCUUCAGUUUCAAAUUCCGGGAUUUAAACACCAUUAACUGCAGAAUAAACCUGAAGGAACUGAUUCUGCAUCAUUAUCCCUACUUUGGGAAUAUCCUGGGAGAGAUCUGGAAACAGACAGAGGGACUGCUGUUCAUAUUCGACGGAUUGGAUGAAUUCAAGGACAAAAUCAACUUUGUUGAUGGUCGGAGAGACACAGAAUCACAGGACACAGAUCCUGAAUUCAAGUGCAAUGUGUCUGAUAUUGUGUAUAGUUUAAUCCAGGGCAAGCUGCUCCCAGGGUGUUCAGUGCUGGUGACCACCCGCCCCACUGCGUUACAUUUACUGGAAAAGGCUGAGAUCAGUGUCUGGGCUGAAAUCCUGGGAUUUGUUGGUGAGGAACGGAAGGAAUAUUUCAUCAGGUAUUUUGAAGAUCAGACGGUGGCAGAAGCAGUUUUCAAACACGUGGUGGAGAAUGAGAUCCUGUACACCAUGAGCUACAACCCCUCCUACUGCUGGAUCCUCGCUCUGGCACUGGGCCCCUUCUUCACACAAAGAGUCAGGGACCCGCAGCGAGUUCCCAAGACCAUCACCCAACUGUACUCCUACUAUAUUUACAACAUCCUGAAAAACCAUGGCCGUGAGAUUGAGAACCCCCGUGAUGUGUUACUCAGAGUUGGUCAGAUGGCCUUCAGAGGAGUGUCCGAGAAGAAGAUUGUGUUUACAGGUGGAGAUUUGAUCAACUACAAUCUGCAGCCUUCCCAGUUCCUGUCCGGGUUCCUGAUGGAGCUUUUGGAGAGAGAGGAUUCUGCCCAGAGCGUGGUGUACACAUUCCCACACCUCACCAUCCAAGAGUUUGUAGCUGCAGUCGCACAAUUCCUGAAUCCACAUCCCGGGGAUAUCCUGAAAUUCCUCACUGGAGCCCACAACACGACAGAUGGGCGAUUUGAGGUAUUUCUCCGUUUUGUUGCUGGUCUCUCCAACCCAAUGACAGCUCGGGGUCUGGAGGAGUUUCUGGGUCCAUUUCCCAAUGAAACAACCUGCCGGGUGAUUGACUGGGUGAAGGAGGAGGUUAAACGCCAGAGUGGAAACACGGAGAGUGAAACUGGUAAAAGGAGCCUCCUGAACACAUUGCACUACCUGUUUGAGUCUCAGAAUCGUGGACUGACUCAGGCCGCACUGGGAUCUGUGGAAAGGUUUUCACUCAGUGGAAUGACACUGACCCCGAUUGACUGCACGGUCCUGUCUCAUGUCAUCGGACUCUGUGAUACAAUAAAACAGCUCGACCUGGAGAACUGCCACAUUCAGUAUGAGGGAAUACAGCGGCUGGGACCCGGGUUGCACAAGUGCCAGGAGUUGAGGUAACUUGAUUUAUCUCUC